AUGAAAAUCCUGCAUUUUCUCACUUUACUGCUUUGGCAUUUGACUUGGCUGUCUCUGGAUCUAGUUCCUGGAGCGCUGAGUAAUUCUGAAGCAGGCCAGGGUAAUCCAGGAUCUAAACUAGGUUUUUUGAAAGCAGAAGGAAAGGAGAGGAAUCCCUCUGCACGGGCAGGUACAUUGAGGACUGCAAGCCAUGGAUACAGUGCUGGGACCUCAAAGGCCAGGACUAAAAGCAGUGCUGUGCAGGCUGGAGCUCUGCUGGCCAAGAACGAUGACUCAAAGAAGGUUCCCUCGAGAACAGCAGCCACGGAGGGCAAGGUAGGACAUCUCCCCAGCAGACCUUCUGGAGUAAGGACAGUCACUCCAAAGGUUCAAAAUCUUAGCAGCAAGGUGGCUUUGAAAAAAACUGGCACAAGCAGUACUGACAGUGAUUCUCUCAAAACCAAAAAGACUAAAGAGCCUGUAACCCAGAGGGAAGCUAAGGAAACUUUCCGACAUCCCCCGAUAACGCCACAUGAAUACAUGCUCUCUUUGUACAGGACUCUCUCAGAUGCAGAAAGAAAGGGUGUUAAUGGAAGUGUAAAACUGGAGGCUGGACUUGCCAAUACAAUAACCAGCUUUAUAGACAAAGGACAAGAUGAGCGAGCACCAACUGUAAGAAAACAAAAAUAUAUUUUUGACAUCAGUGCAUUAGAAAAAGAUGGUUUGCUGGGAGCAGAGCUUCGAAUAUUGAGAAAAAAACCUUCUGAUACCUGGAAGUCUCAUUCUUCUGGAAAAACUUCCCAAGUAAAAUUAUUUAGUUGCUCUACAAACAGACAAGCCUCCACACUCUUGGACUCUCGGACUGUCAGCAUCACCGAUACACCCAAGUGGGAAGUGUUUGACAUCUGGAAACUUUUCAGAAACUUUAAAAACUUGGUUAACUUGUGUUUUGAACUGGAAACUUUUGACAGGGGGAGAGCUGUUGAUCUCAGGAGUGUGGGAUUUAAUAGAACAGGAAGACAGGUCAAUGAAAAGGCUCUGUUCUUGGUGUUUGGGAGGACGAAAAAAAGAGAUUUAUUCUUCAAUGAAAUCAAAGCUAGAUCCGGCCAAGAUGACAAAACUGUUUAUGAGUACUUAUUCAACCAGAGGCGGAAGAGAAGAGCUCCUCUAGCAACGCGGCAAGGCAAGAGGCCCACCAAGAAUCUGAAGGCGAGGUGUAGCAGAAAAGCCCUCCACGUGAAUUUUAAGGAUAUGGGCUGGGAUGACUGGAUAAUUGCCCCCCUGGAGUAUGAGGCGUAUCACUGCGAAGGGCUCUGUGAAUUCCCACUCCGCUCCCACCUGGAGCCCACCAACCACGCGGUCAUCCAGACUUUAAUGAACUCCAUGGACCCCGAGUCCACGCCCCCGACUUGCUGCGUCCCAACCCGGCUGAGCCCCAUCAGCAUCCUUUUCAUUGACUCUGCAAACAACGUGGUCUACAAGCAGUACGAGGACAUGGUGGUGGAGUCCUGUGGCUGCAGGUAG